AUGGCUCAGUACAAGGGCACGAUGCGCGAGGCCGGCCGGGCCAUGCACCUGAUCAAGCAGCGGGAAAAGCAGAAGGAGCAGAUGGAGGUGCUGAAGCAGCGGAUCGCCGAGGAGACCAUCAUCAAGUCGAAGGUGGACAAGAAAUUCUCGGCUCAUUACGACGCCGUGGAGGCCGAGCUGAAGUCGAGCACGGUGGGCCUGGUGACCCUGAACGACAUGAAGGCCAAGCAGGAGGCCCUGCUGAAGGAGCGGGAGAGGCAGCUAGCCAAGAGGGAGCAGCUGGAGGAGCGGCGGCUGCAGCUGGAGGCGCUGCGGGAGAAGGAGCGCAAGCAGGAGCAGAAGCGCAAGAUCUGCAGCCUGUCCUUCACGCUCGACGAGGGCGACGCGGGCGACGCGGACGCGGCGGCUGGGGAGCCGCCCAGGUCCGCGGGGCCGAGCAAGAGGAAGAAGAACCUGGGGAAGAAUCCAGACGUGGACACGAGCUUCCUGCCCGACCGCGAGCGCGAGGAGGAGGAGAACAGGCUGCGUGAGCAGCUGCGGCAGGAGUGGGAGGCCAGGCGCGAGAAGGUGAAGCGCGAGGAGAUGGAGGUCACGUUCAGCUACUGGGACGGCUCGGGGCACCGGCGCACGGUCCGCAUCCACAAGGGCGGCACGGUGCAGCAGUUCCUGAAGAAGGCGCUGCAGGGGCUGCGCAAGGACUUCCGCGAGCUGCGGUCGGCCGGCGUGGAGCAGCUCAUGUACAUCAAGGAGGACCUGAUCCUGCCCCACUACCACACCUUCUACGACUUCAUCGUCACCAAGGCCCGGGGCAAGAGCGGGCCGCUCUUCAGCUUCGACGUGCACGACGACGUGCGGCUGCUGAGCGACGCCACCAUGGAGAAGGACGAGUCGCACGCGGGCAAGGUGGUGCUGCGCAGCUGGUACGAGAAGAACAAGCACAUCUUCCCCGCCAGCCGCUGGGAGCCCUACGACCCCGAGAAGAAGUGGGACAAGUACACGAUCCGAUGA